AUGCAUCACGUUAAUGAGGGUUGGCUGAAAACACACCGCCGCGACUGGUAUAAGCACCACCUGCACAUCAACUAUUCGACACGCGCAGGCACCUUCUCGUCUGCCGACCGCCGUGGAUCGCGCGACCGCCGCUUAACUGGCAUCGACGGCCCCAGCUCGUCGGCCUUGUUCCAGCAAAGCUUCCCCCAGCCCGAGGACGUCGAAGCAGAGGGGGGCGAACAAGGGCAGAGCGGACCGGCUAGCGGAACGUCUGCAGGCAAGGGACAGGCGCUGCCCGCACUAGAGAUUCCUCGUGCUUCUACGCGCAAGGAACAUGUCCAGACACCGGACGAGGAAGAGUUCGUUGAUGCAGUCUCGGAGCCUGACGAGGAUCUGCGCGUCUACACUCAUCAGGAAGAGCCUGAGGACGAGGCCCGCCCGGCUACAGCGCGCCGCCAGAGCUCCAAGACCUUUGUGACCGCCUCGUCUAUACCCCCUUCCACCACGGAAGAUGAAGACAACGAAGCCAUCCCGUUCCCACACCAAGACCAAGGACAGGCAAGUGGCUUACAAGUUCCUAUCGCGACGGGAAGCAAGAGCUCAAGCAAAAGACCGCUUUCUACCGUGGAGAGCACCACAGCUGGGCUCGAACCAAAUGCUGGAGAGCCCUCGGUAGAUGCUGUGUCUACUACAUCAUUGCUGCGCAAGGCUGACAGUCAAAAGGAUGCGUCCCCUGUCGCUGAACCCAUUUCUCCGGCAAAGGGCAUUCUUGCGAAGGCAAAGAGGAAGUCGCAAAUGGGAUCGUCAGACUCGACUGGAUCACCACUCGAGCGCGCCGGCGAGACGCUUUCCCGCAAAACGUCCAACCUGCGUAACCUGGUCAAGUUCGAUAUCCCUGAAGAUUCGAAGCGCGCAUCUAUUCACUUGAGGGCAAAGCAAGCGCAGAUGACGGUCCAGCGGGCGUCAACGAAGCUCCGAAGACGGAAGAUCAAAGAUGGUCUCGUGGUCAAGAUGGAGCGCAUGCUGGUACGGGUUGAUUCGGCAGGAAAAGAGGUGCCGGACGACUUCGAUGAGAACGCGAGCCAGAAGAUCGACUCCAGGGUCAAAGACAAGUGGAGAGAGUAUAUGGUUGUCUGCCGGCACAGUGAAUCGGAGGACGCUGACUUUGUACUGCAAAUGUACAAGACUAGGGUCAUUCCCGAGAUCGAAGAGCCGAAUGCCAGCAAGCAGGCCGCGUAUCAGAUACCACUUGGAAAGAAGAUCACGAAGGUCAACCUCUACUCUUCCUUGGACAAAUCUGUCGUCGUAUGGAUGCCGGUAUCGCGAGGCACUCGAAUCUUUAUCAUGCAGGCCCGAACCGCUUCAAAUGCGGUGGAAUGGUACACCUUCCUGCGUAACGUCAUGGGCUGGCGCCGCGCAUCGGAGCUUCAGAUUAACAUCCCGGACAUGAGUGUCAGCCUCCGCAUUUCGGACCCCUUCAGGAAGCUCGAAGAAACUCAGAGCGAGGCUCAGGAAGCCAACGACUCUGAUAACGAAGAAGCCAUUCUAAAGACGAUGCAGGUGGAGCAGGCAGUUGCUCAAGCGCUAGUCGUACAGUGUCUUGAUCAGCUCGAGGGUUCGCCGGAGUGGGCGGACAUACUCGAUUCGUGGGCUAAGAACCAGCGAAUAGGACUCGCUUGGAAGCGAUACGAUCGUCUCGAGUGGAUACACGGUGCAAAUGAGCGUAAGAUGUAUGGCACAAUAGCCAUGGCGAAAUCGCACGAGCUGGAGCUUCGGCCUAAGACACAUUACCCAACCACGGCGAUAACCCGCAAAAAGCAAAAGACGCUGAACGAGCCAGUUCCGGUAGAAGGAUUCUUGAUUCGACUGACUAGUCAACGCGGAAGGGCAAGGCGAUUGGGUCUCAUGUACCACAAGCAGUUAUACUUCGCUACGCACGAUCAAUUCCUUAUCUUCUCGCGACCGACCAACACCACGCCGCCUCCACCGCCUAAGAUGCCUGUCUCGGAGGGAUCAGCAGUUCCGUCAGCUCGGACCAUCAAAGAACGCACGCCCGAUACAUGGGCUGUCGACCCGUAUCCUGUCAAAGAUGACCAUAUCGAAUGGUUGUUGGAAGGCCACUCAGGUACUCCAGAAUCACGGAGACUCCAUGACGAGGAUGCCGCAGAUGAGGCUCAGCGCAAAUUGCAAAAUUUGCUCAAUUGUGACGGAUACAUCAACCUAGCCAACGUUGUGAAAGUACGCAAAGCGAGGCUUGGAGCAACACCAGUCGAUGAGCACAUCGACACUGGUUCGGACGUUGAUUUCGACGAGGACGUGGAAGAUGACACAACGAGGGAUGAUGGUGUUACAAAAGAGGUCGACAUCGACCGCACGUUCGAGCUUAUCAUGCGUAAUGGUUUGAUCAUUCGGUUGCAGGCUGCCGACAAAGCCCGUCGAAAGGAAUGGAUCAAGCAUCUCCGCGCCCUAGCAAAGUACUGGAAGUUCCGCACUGCGGCCGACAUUACGCUCUACAAAUCCACGCGCAGCCGCAACCUUAGCGCGCUAAACAUCGACGAAGAAGCUGAAGCCUAUAUCGGGCAGUUCGCCAGGAAAUGGGAGGUCACGCAGUCCUAUGCAUCCCCCUUUCUCUACAACAUGUGUGGCAUCGCGGAAUGCCGUGCCAUCCACAUGAGCGGUACUCUCUACCGCAAACCCCGAAUCCACGCGCCCUUCACGCGCUGCAGUGUGCUCCUCGCCGCAGGCACCCUGCUCAUGUUUCAAGACGUGCUGAGGACUGGCACGGGCAGGCAGCUCGCGCACAUCCACCAUGAGCGCAUGGCUAACCUUGACCUCCGCGAUUGCUACAUCUACUCCGGCCUGCUCACCGAAUCAGACCUCCUCUACCAGAACCAGACCUUCGAUUCUAAUAAGCCCGGGCACCACGCGCUACCGAAGAUAUACCUCGAAGAUGGGUGGACGAGUACAGAUGAGGAUGUCAUGACGACGUUCGUGGUGUGGCACGGCAAGAGCAAGAGCUGGUUCCGUGCGGAGGAGGGAGCGGGUGAGGGCGAGCAAAACAGGAAGAUGGGGAAGAGGACGCGUAUAAAGAGGGUGGCGAAAUUGGGGAGCAAGGGGCGCAGCGUGGUGUUCCGGGCAAGGAGUCGCGCUGAGAGGGACCAUUGGGUUCUGGCAAUUCAGAACGAGAUAGAGCGGGUUCAGGGGAAUCGUAAUGAAGACUUCAGGAUCCAGGAGAGCGCGCCAAAGAAGGUGGGUGUUGAAGUUACGGCGAAUCGCCAAACGAAUGAGGCGGCUGCUUCGUCUUAG